AUGGUGCAGUCAAACCAGAAGGCAAGGGAGGCAAAUUGUUGCUCUGAUGCCGUGGCAAAGACCUGCGCCUUCUAUAAGGAGCCGGACACCAUCCUUGGCAGCAACCCUACCUCCACUGCCAAGAUUCCUGUGAAUCUUUUGGUGGGGCUGGAGGCAGUGGACAGUGGACUCAACCCUGAGGAUGAAGUCGUGGACGAGGAGGUCAAAUUGGAAGACAUGGAGCACAUGGGAAGGUUGUCCAGUGGCGCAUGGAGUCAGGAACUCUUUUCCACUCUGAAGGGGCCUAGCCAGUCCCAGCAGUCCAUCUCUGGCAUGCAUGAUGCAGAAGAGGAGAGCCCUGUGUCAAUGGAAAAUCAAACCACGGUGACUGAAUUUAUUCUCCUGAGAGUUUCCAAUGAGCCAUAUAUGCAGAUUUUCUUCUUCCUGGUGUUUUUAGUUAUUUACCUAAUCACUCUGAUUGCGAACAUGAUGAUCAUGUUGGUGAUAAGAGCUGAUUCUCACCUUCACACCCCCAUGUAUUUCUUCCUAUUCCAUCUAUCCUUUGUUGAUAUCUGUUAUUCCUCAGUCACGGUGCCUAAAAUGCUGAUAAAUUUCCUGUCAGAUCACAAAACUAUUUCUGUCAAUGGCUGUAUUGCCCAGAUGUUCUUCAUCCUCCUCUCAGCUGGUACAGAAGUUUUCAUUCUCUCAGCAAUGGCUUAUGACCGCUAUGCUGCCAUCUGUGACCCAUUGCAUUACAUUGAGACAAUGAACAGAGGCAUCUGUGUUCAGCUGGUGAGUGGUGCAUCGGUAAUGGGCUUCUUAAAUGCCCUGGUUAACACUGUUUUUGCCCUCAAGUUGCGUUUCUGUGGGCCCAAUCAAAUCAACCAUUUCAGCUGUGAGCUCCCUCCUCUAUUACAACUGUCCUGCACUGAGACCCUCACUAAUCAAGUGGUGCUUCUUACUUCUGUUGUGGUAUUUGGAGCAAGCUCCUUCCUCCUCAUCCUCAUCUCCUACAUUCACAUCAUUUCCACCAUAUUGAGGAUUCGCUCUGUGGAGGGCAAGCUUAAAGCCUUCUCCACCUGCAGCUCCCACCUCAUUGUGGUUGGCUUGUUGUACCUCACAGCUUUUUUCCAGUACAUAAAGCCCAGCUCAGUCUCCUCUGUGUUUCUGGAGGAAAUGGUCUCCAUCCAGUACAGCAUCUUGACCCCUAUGUUAAAUCCCAUCAUCUACAGCGUGAAAAACAGAGGUGAAAACAGCUGUAGUGAAAAUAUUGGGGAAAUUCAAAUUUCUCAAGUAGUGGUGAUGUAUUUUUUUUUUAAGUCAGAGACCAUAAAACUGUAG